UAGCUUGACACAAACCAGUGCACGCGUAGAGAGAAGAGUUGUGGUGAUGGACGACGCCCCCUACAGACCGGAGGCGGACUCGUCUGCCCUCGAUGUGGUGGGUGUGGGUGUGUGUGACUCCUCCCCCCUGCUGUGGAGGAUGGAGGACCUGAAGACGUUCAGGAGGCGUGGCCUGGUGGGGGCGCUGCUGGGCUCGCUGCCCCGGACGCCACGACAGAACGGACGCCUGGGACGCCCGCUUCGCCUGCUGCCCGAGGAGGAGAGAGAGCUGAGCGAGCAGCACGCCGCCGCCGCGCUAGCCUCCGCUAACCAGGAUGGAGGCGGGGCCGAGCAGCACCAGGAGCAGCAGAGGCGGAGCUACGAGGUGCAGAGUGUUCUCGCUCUGGAGGAGAGGAAGUCCGCACUGCUCCGAGCAAUGACCUCAUCACACACAGAUCCAGCCUCUGGUCCCGGGACCUCGGACGAGGCCCUGCGGCGCCGCCUGGACGCCCUGGACCACAGCUUCACCUUCCCGUGGGCGGGGCUGGCGGUCCAGCUGAGCACGUCGAGGGCGGGCUUGACCCACUGCCCGGUGGACCGGGCUGUCCUGCGGGCUGACUGGCCAAUCAGGGCGCAGCCUGACACCUGCGGGGACGUCAGGUACCAGGUGUUCAGAGACCUAAGGGGGCGGGGCUUCUACCUGACCUCAGCAGGGAAGUUCGGAGGCGACUUCCUCGUUUAUCCAGGUGACCCUCUUCGUUACCACGCCCACUUCAUUGCCGUCUGUCUGUCUCUCGAUGAGUCGCUGUGCGUGCUGGACGUCCUCGCCGCGGCUCGUCUGGGAUCCAACGUGAAGAAGACGGUGCUGCUGUGCUCGCCGGGGACGGACGGAGCGGUGCGGUACACCUCGCUACAGUGGAGCGGGAUGGUGUGAAGACCAGGAUCUGGAUCAGGUGUGAAGACCAGGAUCUGGAUCAGGUGUGAAGACCAGGAUCUGGAUCAGGUGUGAAGAGGAGGAUCUGGAUCAGGUGUGAAGACGAUGAUCUGGAUCUGGUGUGAAGACGUGGAUCUGGAUCAGGUGUGAAGACCAGGAUCUGGAUCAGGUGUGAAGAGGAGGAUCUGGAUCAGGUGUGAAGAGGAGGAUCUGGAUCAGGUGUGAAGAGGAGGAUCUGGAUCAGGUGUGAAGACGAGGAUCUGGAUCAGGUGUGAAGACGAGGAUCUGGAUCAGGUGUGAAGAGGAGGAUCUGGAUCAGGUGUGAAGAGGAGGAUCUGGAUCAGGUGUGAAGAGGAGGAUCUGGAUCAGGUGUGAAGACGAGGAUCUGGAUCAGGUUUGAAGACGAGGAUCUGGAUCAGGUGUGAAGACGAUGAUCUGGAUCAGGUGUGAAGACGUGGAUCUGGAUCAGGUGUGAAGACGAGGAUCUGGAUCAGGUGUGAAGACGAGGAUCUGGAUCAGGUGUGAUCCAGAUUGAUGACAUGACAAUGAAUCCUGAUAUUGAUUCUGAAAGUUUCAUCGAUGCAGCUUCUCAAUCUAGUGUUUGAUGUUAUUUCCUUUUUAAUUUUUUAAAUCAAUGAUAAUAAAAAUAAAAUUGACUGA